AUGCUGCUGAUCUUGUUCCUUAUAGUAAUUUGUUCCCAUGUCUCUAUGAACAAAGAUCCUGGCCCUGAGUAUGCAGAUGUCGUGUUUCUGGUGGACAGCUCUGAUCACCUGGGAACUAAGUCCUUCCCUCUUGUGAAAAUGUUCAUCACCAAGAUGAUCACCAGUCUCCCCAUCGAGGCCCACAAGUACCGCGUGGCCCUGGCUCAGUACAGCGACCGGCUCCACAGUGAGUUCCAGCUGAGCACCUUCAAGAGCAGGAACCCCAUGCUGAACCACCUCAAGAAGAACUUCGCCUUCAUCGGAGGCUCCCUGCGGAUAGGAAACGCUCUCCGGGGGGCCCACAGGACCUUCUUCUCCGGAGCGGCUGGCGGGAGGGACAAGAAGCAGUUCCCUCCGAUUCUGGUGGUCCUGGCUUCGGCGGCGUCCGAGGACGACGACGUGGAAGAGGCCUCCAAGGCCCUGCGGGAAGACGGGGUGAGAAUCAUCUCCGUGGGGCUGCAGGAAGCUUCUGAGGAGGAGCUGAAGGCCAUGGCCACGGCUCAGUUUCACUUCAGCCUUCGGUCGGUCAGGGACCUGGGCGCGUUUUCCCAAAACAUGACGCAGAUCAUCAAGGAAGCGACCCAGUACAGGGAUGGAGCGGCAGAUGACAUUCUUGUGGAAGUUUGCCAAGGCCCAUCUGUGGCUGAUGUGGUGUUCCUGUUGGAUGUGUCCAUCAAUGGCAGCCAGGACAACUUUGACUAUCUUAAGGAAUUCCUGGAAGAAAGCAUAUCUGCUCUUGACAUAAAGGAGAACUGCAUGAGGGUUGGCCUUGUGGCCUACAGCAAUGAGACAAAGGUGAUAAAUUCCCUCAGCAGGGGUGUAAAUAAGUCGGAGGUUCUCCAGAAUAUACAGAACCUCUCUCCCCAGGCUGGGAAGGCCUACACAGGAGCUGCCAUCAGAAAGAUCAGGAAGGAAGUGUUCAGUGCACGCAAUGGCAGUCGGAAGAAUCAGGGGGUGCCCCAGAUUGCCGUGCUGGUGACCCACAGACCAUCAGAGGAUAACGUGACCAAGGCGGCCGUUAACCUCCGGCGCGAGGGCGUGACCAUCUUCACCAUGGGCAUAGAGGGGGCCAGCGACAGCCAGCUGGAGAAGAUCGCCUCUCACCCCGCUGAGCAGCAUGUGUCCAAACUGAAAACCUUCUCUGACCUGGCCGCUCACAACCAGACAUUUCUGAAGAAGCUGCGGAACCAGAUAACGCACACGGUUUCUGUCUUCUCAGAACGGACUGAAACGCUCAAAUCUGGUUGUGUGGACACUGAAGAAGCAGACAUUUAUCUGCUCAUUGAUGGCUCUGGAAGCACCCAGGCCACCGACUUCCAUGAAAUGAAGACCUUCCUGUCAGAGGUCGUAGGGAUGUUCAACAUCGCUCCCCAAAAAGUGCGGGUUGGGGCCGUUCAGUAUGCUGACAACUGGGACUUGGAAUUUGAGAUCAAUAAAUACACUAACAAGCAUGACUUGGGAAAGGCCAUUGAGAACAUCCGGCAGAUGGGUGGGAAUACAAACACGGGUGCAGCCCUGAAUUUCACGCUAGGGCUAUUGCAAAAAGCAAAGAAGCAGCGAGGAAACAGAGUGCCGUGUCAUCUUGUUGUCCUGACGAAUGGCAUGUCCAAGGAUAGCAUCUUGGAGCCUGCAAACAGACUGAGAGAAGAGCUCAUUCGUGUUUAUGCCAUUGGGGUCAAGGAGGCCAACCAAACACAGCUGCGAGAAAUUGCAGGCGAGGAAAAGAGGGUAUACUACGUGCAUGACUUCGACGCUUUGAAAGACAUAAGAAACCAAGUUGUUCAGGAAAUCUGUGCUGAAGAAGCCUGCAAAGAGAUGAAAGCAGACAUCAUGUUUCUGGUGGACAGUUCUGGCAGUAUAGGACUUGAAAACUUCAGCAAAAUGAAAACAUUUAUGAAAAACCUGGUGAGCAAAUCUCAGAUUGGGGCAGAUCGGGUGCAGAUCGGUGUAGUCCAGUUCAGCGACAUCAAUAAGGAGGAAUUUCCGCUUGAUAGAUACAUGUCCCAGCAUGAAAUUUCAGAUGCAAUAGACCGGAUGGCUCACAUUGGAGAAACCACCUUGACGGGUGGUGCCCUGACCUUUAUGUCUCAGUACUUCAGCCCUGCCAAGGGGGCCCGGCCCAACGUCAGGAGGUUUCUCAUCCUCAUCACUGAUGGUGAAGCUCAGGACAUAGUCAAGGAGCCAGCAGUAGCUCUUCGACAAGAAGGCAUAAUCAUCUACUCAGUGGGGGUGUUUGGCUCCAAUGUCACCCAGCUUGAGGAGAUCAGCGGGAGGCCAGAGAUGGUGUUUUAUGUUGAGAAUUUUGAUAUUCUGCAGCACAUUGAAGAUGAUCUUGUUUUUGGAAUAUGCAGCCCCCGUGAAGAAUGCAAGCGAAUUGAAGUUCUGGAUGUUGUGUUUGUAAUUGAUAGCUCUGGAAGCAUUGACUAUGACGAAUAUAAUAUCAUGAAAGACUUUAUGAUUGACUUGGUGAAAAAAGCUGAUGUUGGCAAAAAUCAGGUCCGGUUUGGGGCUCUGAAGUAUGCUGAUGACCCAGAGGUACUGUUUUAUCUGGAUAACCUCAGCACAAAAUGGGAGGUGAUUUCGGUGCUCCAGAAUGACCAGCCCAUGGGGGGCAAUACUUACACCGCUGAGGCACUAGGCUUUUCAGACCAUAUGUUCACUGAAGCCCGGGGCAGCCGCCUGCACAAAGGGGUCCCCCAAGUCCUCAUUGUGAUCACCGAUGGGGAAUCCCACGAUGCAGAUAAGCUCAAUGCCACAGCCAAGGCCUUGAGGGACAAAGGCAUUCUUGUUCUGGCUGUGGGGAUCGCUGGUGCCAAUCCUGUAGAACUGCUAGCUAUGGCAGGAUCAAGUGACAAGUACUUCUUCGUGGAGACUUUUGGAGGCCUGAAGGGGAUAUUUUCAGAUGUGUCAGCCAGUGUAUGUAACACUUCGAAAGUAGAUUGUGAAAUUGAAAAAGUAGAUCUUGUUUUCCUCAUGGAUGGCUCAAAUAGCAUUCACCCAGAUGACUUCAGGAAGAUGAAGGAAUUCUUGGCAUCUGUUGUUCAAGACUUUGAUGUCAGUGUCAACAGAGUACGCAUAGGAGCUGCCCAGUUUAGCCAUACCUAUCGGCCGGAAUUUCCACUAGGAACUUUCAUAGGCAAAACCGAGAUAUCGCUUAAGAUUGAAAACAUCCAACAGAUCUUUGGAUACACACACAUCGGUGCCGCACUCCGGCAGGUGGGGCAUUACUUCCGGCCAGACAUGGGCAGCCGGAUAAAUGCAGGUACCCCACAAGUGUUGCUGGUCCUCACAGAUGGCCAGUCCCAAGAUGAGGUGGCUCAGGCUGCUGAAGACCUGCGACACAAAGGUAUUGACAUUUACUCUGUGGGCAUUGGGGAUGUGGAUGACCAACAGCUCAUUCAGAUCACUGGGACUGCAGAUAAAAAACUGACAGUUCAUAACUUUGACGAACUGACAAAGGUCAAGAAAAGGAUAGUUCGCAACAUCUGUACCUCGGGGGGUGAGAGCAAUUGUUUUGUGGAUGUUGUGGUCGGAUUUGACAUCUCAACUCAUGAGAAUGGGCAGACUUUGCUCGAAGGUCAGCCUUGGAUACAAACCUACCUUCAAGACCUCUUACAUGCCAUCAGCUCCCUCAAUGGGGUAAGCUGUGAGGUGGGCACAGAGACUCAGGUUAGUGUGGCUUUUCAAGUGACCAAUGCCAUGGAAAAAUAUUCCCCCAAGUUUGAGAUCUAUAGUGAAAACAUACUGAACAGCUUGAAGGAUAUAACAGUUAAAGGACCAUCUCUUCUCAACACAAACCUCUUGAAUUCUCUGUGGGAUGCAUUUCAGAAUAAAUCAGCUGCUCGAGGAAAGGUGGUUCUCUUAUUUUCAGAUGGAUUGGAUGAUGACAUUGAAAAGCUGGAACAAAAAUCUGAUGAACUGAGAAAAGAAGGCCUGAAUGCCCUCAUAACUGUUGCUCUGGAUGGAGCCAGCGACUCAAGUGACCUGGCUGAUCUUCUCUACAUUGAAUUCGGAAAAGGGUUUGAGUAUAGGACCCAGCUCACUAUUGGAAUGAGGGACCUUGGGAGCCGACUGUCAAAGCAACUGGUCAAUGUUGCUGAGAGGACAUGCUGCUGUUUAUUCUGCAAGUGCAUUGGAGGGGAUGGCACAAUGGGAGAUCCUGGACCACCGGGCAAAAAGGGAUCCCCAGGUUUUAAAGGCAGUGAGGGCUACCUGGGAGAGGAAGGCAUUGCUGGAGAAAGAGGAGCCAGUGGACCAGUCGGGGAGCAAGGUACUAAGGGAUGCUAUGGCGCCAAAGGUCCGAAGGGAAACAGGGGACUAAAUGGACAGGAGGGAGAAGCCGGGGAAAGUGGAAUUGGUGGAUUAAAUGGAGAACAGGGUGAAAGUGGUCUUCCUGGAGAAAAAGGAGAAAAGGGUGAUGAAGGAUCCCAGGGAAGCCCGGGACAGCGAGGGGUUUCUGGUGACCGAGGCGCAAAGGGCCAGCGAGGAGACCCUGGAGUUCCUGGAUUUGACAGCACAAUAGAAGGACCCAAGGGCUUGAAAGGAGAACGUGGAAGACAAGGUAGAAGAGGCUGGCCAGGCCCCCCUGGAACACCAGGCUCCAGAAGAAAGACAGCAGCUCAUGGCCGAAGGGGACAUACAGGCCCACAGGGGAAAACAGGCAUCCCAGGCCCAGAUGGACUUGAAGGCUCAUGGGGACUUAAGGGCCCUCAGGGUCCCAGAGGAGAGACUGGUAUGAAAGGAGAAAAAGGAGGUCUGGGAAUUAAAGGUCCUCAGGGGCCUCCAGGACCAGGAGGAGAAGCAGGGAGUCCAGGCCAUUUGGGAAGCCAAGGAAAUAAAGGAGAACCUGGAGAUUUGGGAGAAAGAGGACCUAUUGGCCUCCCCGGUCCUCGAGGCUUGCCGGGCGAUGAUGGCCCUCCAGGUUAUGGCAGCAUUGGAAGGAAAGGAGCAAAGGGGCAAGAAGGAUUUCCUGGAGAAAGUGGACCUAAGGGUGAGACUGGGGACCGUGGUGGUCCAGGAGAAACUGGACCCAAAGGAGCCAGAGGCAAAACGAUAUCCGCUGGGCUUCCAGGAGAGAUGGGAUCCCCUGGGGAGCCAGGACCUCCUGGACGCAAGGGUGUGAAAGGGGCCAGAGGAUUGGCUUCAUUUUCCACGUGUGAGCUCAUUCAGUAUGUACGGGACCACAGCCCUGGCGGCCAUGGAAAACCAGAAUGCCCCGUGCAUCCCACCGAAUUAGUGUUUGCCUUGGACCAGUCCCGGGAUGUCACCAGGCAGGAGUUUGAGCGCAUGAAGGAGCUGAUGUCAUACCUGGUGAGGGGCGUCAGGGUCCGGGAGAACAGCUGCCCGGUGGGCGCGCGCAUCGCCGUCCUCACCUACAGCUCCCACGCCCGGCACCUCAUCCGCUUCUCAGACGCCUACAAGAAGAGCCAGCUCCUCAGAAAGAUUGAAGCUAUUCCUUACGAGAGGUCCUCAGACAGCAGGGAGAUCGGCAAAGCGAUGAGGUUUAUCUCCAGGAAUGUCUUCAAGCGAACGCUGCCAGGGGCGCACACCCGAAGGAUCGCCACCUUCUUCAGCAGCGGUCAGUCUACUGAUGCCCAGACCAUUGCCGCGGCCACUAUGGAGUUCGGUGCCCUUGACAUCAUUCCGGUCGUGAUCGCUUUCAGCAACGUGCCCUCCAUCAAGCGUGCAUUUGCGAUUGAUGACACUGGCACAUUCCAAGUAAUAAUGGUUCCAUCCGGGACCGACUACACGCCAACGUUAGAGAGACUCCAGCGGUGCACUUUCUGCUAUGAUAUAUGCAAGCCAGAUGCUUUUUGCGAUCAAGCCAGACCACCCCCUGUGCAGUCGUACGUGGAUGCUGCUUUCCUUCUGGACAGCUCCCGCCAUGUGGGAAGUGCUGAAUUUGAAGACAUAAGACACUUUUUGGGAGCACUGUUAGAUCACUUUGAGAUCACCUCCGAGCCUGAGACCUCUGUCACUGGAGACCGGGUGGCCCUAUUAAGCCAUGCUCCCCCCAACUUCCUCCCCAACACUCAGAAGAGUCCUGUUAGAACAGAGUUCAACCUUACCACCUACAACAGUAAACGCCUCAUGAAGAGGCACUUGGAAGAAUCAGUUCAACAACUAAACGGAGACGCUUUCAUUGGUCAUGCCUUACAGUGGACCCUGGAUAAUAUCUUUUUAAAUACACCCAAUAUGAGAAGAAACAAAGUCAUAUUUGUGAUAUCUGCUGGGGAAACCAGUCACUUGGACAGGGAAACCUUAAAGAAAGAAUCCUUGAGAGCCAAAUGUCAAGGUUAUGCCCUAUUUGUGUUUUCCCUUGGCCCCGCUUGGAAUGACAAGGAACUGGAAGAUUUAGCCAGCUAUCCUUUGGAUCACCACUUGGUCCAGCUUGGCCGAAUUCAUAAACCUGACCACAGAUACAGUGUGAAGUUUGUGAGAUCCUUUGUAAACUCAAUCAGGCGUGCAAUCAACAAAUAUCCACCAAUAAACUUCAAAAUGAAGUGCAAUAGAUUCAGCUCUACAGAUCUGAAGCAGCCCCCACAGCAGUUGCAAAGCUUUGUUUUUGGACCACAUAAAGCUGCUCUCAGGGAUGCAUUGCAGAGAGCCAGAUUCUUUCAAGACAAAAAAUACCUUUCAAGAGUAGCAAGAGGCAGCAGAGACGAUACUGUUCAGAAUCUUAUCAGAAACACACCCCAUACCUUUAAAAAUGGAAGAAAGGUGAUAAAAACUGCUCCAAGACAACAAUGA